GCUCCGAGUGCGCAUGCGCGCCGCACUGGAAUUACUGCACUGAGCACAAUAAGUUGGAGCUCGUGCGUCUUCGCAGAAAUCCACAAAAUCACAUCAAUAACUGCGGCGAUGCCGAGAAUCCGGAGCAGAAGCUACUUUGGCAUAUGGACCUUUCCUUUACUGGUGGCUGUUGUCUGUGCCCAAAGUGUCAAUGACCCUAGCAAUAUGUCACUGGUAAAAGAAACUGUGGAUAGACUGUUGAAAGGAUAUGACAUUCGCUUGAGGCCAGAUUUCGGAGGUGCCCCGGUGGCGGUGGGGAUGAACAUAGACAUAGCGAGCAUUGACAUGGUAUCUGAAGUCAACAUGGACUACACACUGACAAUGUAUUUCCAACAAGCAUGGCGAGACAAGCGACUGUCCUACUCGGAGAUCCCUCUCAAUCUCACUCUGGAUAACCGGGUUGCAGACCAGCUGUGGGUCCCAGACACGUACUUCCUGAAUGACAAGAAGUCCUUCGUUCAUGGCGUCACAGUCAAGAACAGAAUGAUUCGCCUCCAUCCGGAUGGGACUGUGCUCUACGGCUUAAGGAUCACCACCACUGCGGCCUGCAUGAUGGACCUGAGGCGAUACCCACUGGAUGAGCAGAACUGCACCCUGGAGAUAGAGAGCUAUGGCUAUACUACAGAUGACAUUGAGUUCUACUGGCGUGGCGGAGAUGGAGCUGUGACAGGGGUGGAGAGAAUAGAACUGCCCCAGUUCUCCAUUGUGGACUACAAGCUCAUCUCCAAGAAUGUGGUGUUCUCGACAGGAUCCUACCCCCGGCUAUCCCUAAGCUUCAAGCUGAAGAGGAACAUUGGCUACUUCAUCCUGCAAACCUACAUGCCCUCCAUCCUGAUCACCAUCCUCUCCUGGGUCUCCUUCUGGAUCAACUAUGAUGCCUCUGCUGCCAGAGUGGCUUUAGGGAUCACCACGGUGCUGACUAUGACCACCAUCAACACCCACCUACGAGAGACCCUUCCCAAAAUCCCCUAUGUCAAAGCCAUCGACAUGUACCUGAUGGGCUGCUUCGUUUUUGUCUUCCUGGCACUGCUGGAGUAUGCUUUUGUCAACUACAUUUUCUUUGGCCGGGGACCACAGCGACAGAAGAAGGCGGCUGAAAAGGCAGCCACGGCAAACAAUGAGAAAACUAGAGUGGAUCCCAACAAGUGGUUGGUGGGAAAUGUAGUUCAGAGACAAGAUGCUCUGUAUGCAAGGAUGAAACAGAGGGAAAUUGACGCUCUUGACUCGAUGUGGGAACCAAUCUUUGUGGACGAUGCAGCAUUAGGACUAGGCGAGCAAAAGAAUAAGAUGGACCCCCAUGAAAACAUCUUGCUGAGCACACUAGAGAUCAAAAAUGAGAUGGGGGCAUCUGAGUUAACCCUAGGCCUGGGUGACCCACGGAAUACCAUGCUGGCCUACGACAGCUCUGCGCUGCAGUAUCGUAAAGCAGGCCUGACCAGGCAGAACUUUGGCCGCAACGCACUGGAGCGCCACGUGCCGCAGAAGAAGGGCAGGCUACGGAGGCGCGCCUCCCAACUGAAAGUCACCAUCCCCGACUUAUCCGACGUAAACUCUAUUGACAAGUGGUCAAGAAUGAUCUUCCCCACCGUCUUUUCUUUCUUCAACAUCAUCUAUUGGCUUUACUACGUCAAUUAAGAGGACUCUUGGCCAGUUCGUUUUACAACACACAAGCGAGACUUUGAAGUACUACAUCCAAACAAAAAUCAGGAUUGACUCUAUUUGACCAUGGAACACCUUAAUUGCUGGCUUACUCAUUAAAACAUAAAGAAGUUGAGAUUACAUUCAUGGUGCCUGUUCCAGAAUUUUAGCACAUCACAAUGGUUGUAAAUUCAACACUUACAAUUGUGUUUGCAUAUUUUUGAACCUUCAGUUCGAUUCUAUUUUCCUCUUGUUUGAAUGAAACAUUAAAUUGGUCUUUUGAAAAUCAUAAGGCUCUUUUCCAAAAUCAGUCAUGCUUUUAAAAGCAUGUUCUGAUCCAUAGUUUUGUGGUCAGAUAAUGC